CUGAAAUGACGAAACGAAAUGAAACGUUAGGUACUCAUGUUAAUUUUAUUUCACUCAAUUUCAGGAAGUUUUACAGAACAGAAACCUGAUCGGAUUUUUUUCUUUUUGGAUGUUCCAUGUUCCGAAUCUCGAUGAUUUCUUUCAUCAUUCAUUUACUCACCGACGGAACUUUGACUAUUUAUGGCAGAGUAGAAACUGUAGAAAGCUCCAACGCUUCACUAUUAUUAAUCAAAUUGAUCUGAAAAUCAGAUGUUUCAAAUCUGAUUGAAUAAUUUUCUGAAUAUCAGUCACGUGUGAUUUUAUUUUACUGAUUUUUGAUUUUGAAUUUGAAUAUUUUUUUUGAAGUUUGUUGCAAGUUGCAACUUGCAAUCUAGGGAAAGCGACUACGCAGAGUACGUCUACCUUAUCAGUUCAUCACGAGUUACUGCGGCAGUGCGGCUAGACACAGCUCAUGCUAUUUAUAUUUCGUUAUCUUUUCAAAAAAAAUUUGGAAUUUUUCCUCAAAAUCCAUCUCGAAGACCUCAUAAUUUUUUUAAUAAGUACCUUAGAAAGCAAAAUUUCAUCCUCUUUCCAAAAUUUCUAUGUUUCGAGAAGGACGACGAGUUUCAUCAUUAUCAAUUAGGGGAUAAAUGAUCAAAAAAUAAAGUAAAUGCCCGGCGUAUUACGUUCAAUCCUCAAAUACUCCGUCAAACGGUACGGAAUCAAUUAUUUGAAAGUGAGAAAUAAUGCAGCCAUCAGCCGAACAACACCAUACAUCAAUCUAUUACCGAACAACACAUUCUACACCGAUGUUCCUUACUCAUCUCACGCCAAAACCGAGAAACAAAUCGAAACCCUGGACCUGGAUGCUCGCCGAAAUGGACGAAUUUCCGUACGAGAAGUGGAAUGUGUUAUCGAAGAAAUCAAAUCGAAUCGAUCUGCAUCAUCUACUCAAUCCGCUGCUUUAAUUCGUUCUUGCGGUAAUUUAAUACCCGAAGAACCUCCUGAAAAGAGAACUCAACUAGUGCAAGAUGUAUGGAACACAUUGGAGAAAUUAGUUGUCUUGGAUAUCAGUCAUUAUAAUGCUUUGUUGAAAGUUUACCUUGAAAACGAACAUCACUGGGUUCCUACCGAAAUAUUAGCUGAAUUGGAGCGAAAAGAUCUCCAACCUAAUCGAGUUACGUAUGAACGUUUAGUCAGUAGAUAUUGUCAACUUGCUGAUAUCAAAGGAGCUACUCGUAUCUUGCAGUUGAUGCGAGAUAAACAAAUGCCCAUUGGCGAAGCCGCAUUCAACGCUUUGAUAUUAGGUCAUUCGAGAGCCAAUAAUAUGGGAAAGGCCGAAGACAUUCUGAACGUUAUGAAAGAAGCCGGUCAAAAUCCAUCGUCUAAAACAUACACAUUAUUAGCCUGCGGUUAUGCUGCUCAAGGAAAUAUGGAUAAGGUUAAAUCUAUUUUAGAAGACUGUGAUAAAAAAUAUAUUCGCUUGUCUACGAAAGAGUACAUGAACAUAGUUUACCAUAUGUCUUUAAAAGAUCUCGAUAUCGAUGAGAUGUUAUCAAAAAUUCAACGCGACAAACUGUAUAAUCAAGAAUCUCUCAACUGUAUUCACAAAUUGAUUAGAGCCGGUAAAAUAGAACACGCUUAUAAAAUUCUCAAAAGUAUGUUCCGGUCAACUCGUUCGGAUGGUACUUUAUCUCGUACCGGUGGCUUUUUCGUCUCAGCUUUAGUGCGCAAUGAAAGACCGUUCAAAGAAAUAAUCAAAUAUUGCGAUAAAUUAACCGAAGAAAAUUUAAACGUGCUAGCUUUAAGUAUAGCUAUGGAAAGCAGCUUGAGACAUGGAAAAGAAUCUCUAGCCUACGAACUGUUUAGAGUGGCUAAGGAACGAAAUAUUACUUUGAGGACACAUUACUUCUGGCCUCUGAUCGUAGCUCGUGGAAAAGCGAAUGAUUUAAAUGGUGUUUACAAAGUUCUUUCGUCUAUGAAUGUAGAAUUCAACGUACCAAUUAGCGCAGAAACGAUUCGCGAAUACGUAAUUCCGUUCGCAUUUAAGGAGCAAAUCAGCGUCCCUACUUUGAUAUUCGAUUUAAAAUCGUACGGUAUUCCUACUUCGACCGUUGUUAGUGCCAUUGUUACCAAUUUAUUAGUAUCUGGCCGUAUCCACGAAGCUACUGAGAUUGCAUCAUCGUACGAAGCGAACUACAUCGUGUCUUUGAUUCGAAAACCAUUGGUGAAUAGUUACCUUCAAACUUCAGACGCUGAUUCGUUUACUACUAUCAUUAAGCAAAUCGUUGCCGGUAUCCAAAGACGUGCUAGCCGAGCACAAGGCGAUGAGGAAGAAACUGAAAUACCCUUGUAUCGCCAAACUGUUGGACAAAUUGUUCUCGACGUUGUUGAACACUUGAAGUUUAAAAGUGAUUGCAAAAUUGAAGUUGAAGAAAUUUUAAGAUUAUUGCUAGAGAAAGGUGUCAGACUGAGUAGUAGAAUAGCAGGAGGAAUACGGACUCAAUUACAAAAUGAUUCAUUGACCCCUGAAAUAACCACUUUAUUAGAAAAAUUAACCUCAGACGAACUAACUGACGCUGAUUUCGCAACUACCAGUACCGACAAUUCGACGAAAUUUUCAUCUAGAAAUUUAAGUGAAGACUCGGUGAUCCAUGAAUACAAAAAUGUAAAAGCCGAAGGCGAAGUAUCGAAAUACUCUCAUAAGCAACUAUUCAGUAUAUAUGGCCGUAAAUAUGAAUUGCAGAAGCUGUUGAAAUUGAAAGAAGAAAUGGAGAAAAAUAAUCUCGUUUUAACCGAAGGCAUGUACGCCCAUAUUAUCGACUCGUACGUUGAGCAUGAAAAGUUCGACGAUGCUUGGCAAGCAUUCCAGUCGUGUUGUGAAAAGCAACCAGAUUUCGUAUUGAAACCUUCGAAAAUGCUCAGAUUGGCAUUUUUAGCAGUGAAAAAAGAACAAUACGAUAAGGCUUACGAAAUAUUGAGUAAAAAUGCUUCGAUUGGCGAAAACACCCAGACUGCGACCGGUACUCUGAGUUGCCGUAUAUUGAAUCAUUUCGCUGAAAAAGGCGAUGUCGAGGAAGUAAAACGGUAUUUCGAUUUGAUCGUUAACAACGGAUACUGUAAUGUCAACAACUUUCUACUCGGACCGUUGAUCAAAGUACAUCUCGUUAAUAAUGAUUUGGAUAGCGCUCUAAAAGAAUUCGAAAAUUGCUGCAUCGAACAUCGUGCUACUCCACUCAAAUCAGAAUUAACCGAACGGUGUAUCGAAACCGAAAACAUCGGCUGCUUAGAACGUUUAACUGAUCUCAGUACGAAGAUUCAUGGCGAAAAUAAUUCUCUUAACGAUUUAAUGUUUUCGUUCUUCGAAUGUGGCAGAUUGAAACAUGCUAAAAAGAUCGCAGAAACACAUGGUUUUCGUGUGCGACAAGAUCGGUUACAGAAUGCUUGUCGAAUGUAUCUGAAUAGCGGAUCUAUCAAGCAGCUGGAAAAUUUACUCGCUGUUACGAAAAACAACGGAUCGAUUGAUCGUUCCUACUUGUACUAUAAUCUUUUACUAGCUUACGAUAAAGCCGACGAACCUCUAAAAGCAAUAUCUCUUUGGCAGCAAUUGGGUGAAGAAAAUGAAACACCGACCGAUACGUUUUUGGCAUUAUUAGCUGAAGUUUUACAAAAACAUAACAUACCAGUUCCAUUCAACGUACCAACCGUAGAUAAAUCUGCUCCUCGUGUACAACAGACUGAAAGUAAAGUCAAAACGAGUCCAGUUUCCAAGACUUUGAGAAAAUUACUGAACGACAAAAAGCUCGACGAAGCAAUUAAAUUCAAAAAUAGUAAAAAAUCGCAAGAAUUAAACGAUGCAGAUCUAUCUCUUUUAUUAGAAGCGUUGACUAAACACGGAAAAUACGACGAAGCUGAACAAAGAUACGAUGAAGCUAAACAGUUAUACGAAGAAUUACAAUCGAGAGGUGUUUUACCAGUGCUCAGAGUAUUACAAUAUUUCACUAUCAACGCCAUGAUUAAAGGCGACGUUGAAUUAUUGGAAAACAUUAAGUCCAGACUUACCGAAGAUAAACUUCACGCUCAUCUAAAAAUUGAUAAUCGAAUAGGCAGAGCUUACAUGGAAUCAGAUCGUGUUGACGAGUAUCUGAAUAAAUUGGAGAAAGAAUUAGACUCGAUUAAUUCUCCCGUAGAAAUGGAAGGGUUCCUGAAACGUUUCCCUAGAGGAAUGUUGUUCUCUUUAUUGUUGAAAUCGCCACAAUUUUUACCUCAAGUGGAAAGAAUUGCGAAUAAAUGUCUAGAGAAAGAUAGUCAAAAUACAAUGCCCAUCAGUGUCAUAUGGAUACAUCACUUAAUCAGUAAGAAUUACGACGAAGCUGAAAAACUCUGGUGUAAUUAUUUACAAAAAUCAACGCGAACCAUCGGCUUCAAAGGUUUAUGUAAUCGUGCCGUUAAAGAAGGAAAUGUAGAAGUUCUACAAGUACUGAAAAGUUACGUCGAACGUGAAGUUGAUACUGGCCUUAAAUCGUUGGGAAUUAUUUACGGUUCCUUGAUCAAAGUGUUGGUUUCUCAGGAUAAGGUAUCCGAUGCCAUGCAAGUCUUGGAAGAAGGUGCGUCGAAAAUUGGAGUAGAAAAUAUCAUGAGAAAUGCUUUAGAAACGUUGAAAGCUGCUUGUGUGUCCAGAGAUAUUCCGUUCAACUAUACAAUACCUGCAUUACCACGGACGUCGAGAAAUGAACGCAGACCUGGAAAUGAAAACAAUGCUUCUGACAGUGAUUCGGAUUAGUUUAUCGAAAUAGUUGAUUUAGUUUAUAAUAUAGUUUAGAUGUUUGUAUCAAGUCGUUAAAAUAAAGUUGUAUUUUUUUCAACGUU